UAGAGCACGUGUAAGCGCGUGGUACAAGCGCUAGCGCUAAACAUGGAGGAGUCUGUAUAGCUAGCUAGCUACCGUGGACCAUAGCUACUCUUUGAUAUCAGCAAGAAAUGCUCAGCCUGAAACUGUCUCAAGGUUCUCGAUCAGAUCGGAUCCCAAAAGAAGUAUAAAAUGUUGCAUUCGUGGAUGAGAAGUUGUCUACGUCUACGUCGACGUCGGAUGUCUAGUGGUCAUCGUAUAGUCAAUCAAGAAUGUCAGAGACCUGGUGUGUGGAACAAGGUUGGUAUGUCACUGUGGAGCUAUCUGAAGAGGGUAGGUCACAUGACUAAGUCGUACCUGCUCAUCAAGCUGGGUCCUCACAAGCCGCUACUGGUGUAUGGAAUGGCCGCUUUCUUGUGGGAGAAAGAAAAGGUACCGGAGCAGGAACUUCAAAGGUGUUUGCAGUACUAUGAGGAUCGUGUGAAGGCUACUUGCGAUUAUAUGCCCACCACCACCACCACUGCUACUAGAGUUGACAAUAACAACAGCUCCCCCUCUCCAGGCUCGUGGUUUACGUGGUUCUCAUGGCAACUGCAGGGAACAGCAGAGAGCGAACCCAUCGAAAAUCGACUAGUCGAUGAGAAAGAAUUGAAGCGCCAGGAAAUGGUGGACAAGCUCACUGCACUCUACACGGAAUGCUCUGAGAAAAAACUGUCGCAGUUACCACUCGUUGGAAUUAACUCUAAAGUGCCUUUGCAGUAUAAAAUUGGAUCGUUACUUGUCAAGAAGACAAAGGAAUCUGUUGUUAGUCUACUCAAGCAGGCCGCUGCCAUAACACAGGCUGCAGUGGGAGAGAGUCUACCCGCAGAGUCAAAACCAAUCAGUUUGUCUUGCUGCCAGAGUGUGUCAGAUGUAUCAUGUUUGGAAUUUGAGUUGCAUCAUCACCAAUUUCCUGUAGUCUGGAUCCCUGUUCCUGUGGAUAGACAGUCGACCAUUCACAAUCAAAUGUACCCACUUGUAGGUCUUCACGAUCACCACUCAAAGGUCAUGGAUAUGCUGGUUACGUUUGUUGACCGUCCUAGUGUCCAGAACUCACUAAACUGGUUUAUAUACUCGUUGGACCAGUUUCUCAGCGUGGACACUGUCCAAAACCACUCCCUAUUUCACCAAGCCAACCAACUGUGUCACUCAUUCCUUCAACACACACUACAAACUGUCGACAACAUGUUCCAAGAAGAUUGCAGCGUUGAGCAGCACAUUCCAUCGAAGUCGAGUAUUGACUCCGAAUGCCAAUUAAAGUCAACUAUCGAUUAUCUGUCUGACUGGGAGGUGUUUAUUAACGAACCUAUGUACAUGGUCUUCCGUAAGCUGUACGCUGACACCGGGCUCUACCAGUUCAAGGUGAUCGGGACUUACGACGACAUCACGGCCAAUGAAUUCUUUGAGGUUCAGGUUGAUGAAAAGGCGAGAAAAUCCUGGGAUCAUUAUGUGGCCAAAUUAAAUACAGUGGACUUUGACCCCAGCUCAGGGUGUGGAGUGGUGCACUGGGUGAUGAAGUUUCCGUUCCCCAUGUCCGCUCGCGAGUAUGUGUACGUGCGCAAGAGUUGGAAGAGUUCAGAAGAUGGUGCCAUUGUCGUAGUCAACAGGUCAGUGGAUUACCCAUCCUUACCUGAGUCCAGUGAAGCUGUGAGAGUGAAGGGCUACUAUAGUGAGAUGGUGAUCAAGCCUCACACCUGUGUUGACCAUCCUGGAUUCAACUACGAGCUCACCUACUUUGACGACCCCCAGAUCCACUUACCCGCCUCCUGUGUCAACUGGGUCGCCAAUUCGGCUAUGCCAGAUUUCCUCAAUCGAGUGCGUAAGGCAGCUCUGUCCAGACGAAUCUCACAAGGACCAAUAAAAGCAACCUGAAACAUUCUAUAUAAUAAUAGCUAUUCUUGUUGGGCAUUCAUUGAGACUGUCCUUUAUGUU